AUGCUGCGAAAACCAACAACGGUUGCAAGACGACUUGCGCAGUGCCAGUCCCGUCGCACGCAGAAAGGCACUGCUCGCAGCACCAAUCUGGAGUCUGCAGCACCCACUACAGCUUGGCACGUGCGGUCUCCAGAGCAGCUAGCACUUAUCACAACUCUGGGCAACCUGGCCUCCCUCGGAUCAGCAGCAACCCAUGAUCACAUAAUGGUUCGCCUUCUUGCAGGACUUUCUUCCAUGGUGUCGGUGAGCUACAAUCUGCUUAUGCCGAAACCGCUGAAGGCACACCAGACCACUGCGGCAGCGUGGAGCUGUGUCUUUGCAGUCCUACAUUUCGCUAAUUUUGCUCUGCUUGUGCGAGAGAAUCAGCACUCGACAGAGCUGACCGAUGAGCAGGAGGACAUUUAUGAACAUGGCUUUCAGAUCCAUGGCGUCACGCCGCGCCAAUUCAGACUGCUGCUUAACUCAGGGGCCAGGUUUCGAGACUAUGAUGCCGGAGAAACUAUUGUCGAGCUCGGGAAACCUGUGGACAAGGUGAUCUACAUCACUCACGGCUCUUGCGUGGGUGAGCGUGGUGCAGGCUGUGUUUGCUUGGAGUACCAUCAGGAUGUGUUCAUUGGGCAGCUGCAACCGAAAGCAUGGCGGGAGGAGUAUACCGGGACAGGCAGCGAGGGCUCCAGUGAUGAGAACGAGUCAGAAUCAAAAGAGUCGAAAGAGGAUGACUGGUUGAUCGAGAAAUGCGCAGCCAGGCGGAAGCGCUCUCCGAAAGACUUGCGCAAGCUGCUCGAGGUAGGCUUGGCGGAGCGUUCUGGCCCGACGACGAAGCUUCAGGCUGGGGAAGAUUGGAAAAGCACCGUCAAAGCUGGUCGCGACGGCUGCCGAGCGCUGAUCUGGCCAAUCGGGAGGUUCUCCUGCACGGUCGGCUCCAAUGAAGCACUUUGCAAAGCCAUGGAACACAUGUGUACUCUUAGCCUCGCGUCGAAGAUUUGUGCGGGUGCACAAGGGAAGGCGCUGGAAGGCUACUUUGAGCUUUUGUCACUGGUGGUCAGGGACGGGAUUGUGGACCCGCAGGAAAGACAUGCACUGUCGAGAUAUCGAUCACGACACGCCAUACCAGACACAGAACACUGGCACAUGUUGGACCAGCUGGGGUGGUCGCUGGAAGAGUACGACCAUGGCUUCCUGAACUCCAAGUACGAUCUGUCAUGGAGAGCAUGGACGGGCAGUGGUAAGGCUUGGUGGUCAGGAUGGUGGAGUUGA